AUGAGCAGCUUUGUAGACUCAGCGCAGGCUUCUGCUGGUGUAUCCGGUAGUUACUCGAACCGCUCGGGUUUAUCAAAAAUAUGGCGUACCGUCAAGUCACAUGCAGGUGUGUAUACAGGUGGAAAAGUGGAGCUCUUCAAUGGUCGCACCAGCGUCGACGCGGCUCCCCGCGCACUCAUGGCCUGCAUGUUGCAUGAUGACGUCGCUAUCAUUGACGCGGAGACUGGAGAGAUACAGUGCACACUGCAGCAGAAUGUAAAGGACGAAGAAUCCAAAGAGUCUUUUUUAGUAUUCGCCGUACGUCCAGGCACAAAGAACCAGCUCGUGACGGCCGGCCGAAACUUACUUCUGCGUAUAUGGGACCUUGAUACUUUAAAGUACAUCCGCACUAUCAAGGCCCAUGACACGCCUGUGCUGUCAAUGGGAUUUGAUCCAUCAGGGACGUUACUAGCCACGGGAGGUAGUGAUCGUACAGUUAAAGUCUUUGACGUGGACAAGGGUUUCUGCACGCAUAACUUCCGUGGCCAUUCGGGUAUUGUAACACUCGUGCAGUUUCACCCCGAUGCUGCACGGCUUUCUCUUGUUUCAGCCAGUGACGACACUACGGUGCGUGUUUGGGACUUGUACACGCAAAAGCAAGUGGCUUGUAUACAGGACCACAUGAGUCUUGUGACCAGUGUUGCGUUCUCGGAAGAUGGAUACACAAUGCUAACAGCUGGACGUGACAAGGUUGUUAACUUUUGGAAUUUACGCGAUCAGAGACUUAGCAAGACGGUGGUGGUGCAUGAAGCUGUAGAAGGACUUGUGGUCUUGCCGUCGACUUUCAAGUGUGUUACGCAUGCUGCUUCUGGCAAGUCUCUGGAUGCAAAAGCAAUCCACUUUGUAAGUGCUGGAGAGAAAGGUGUGUUGCGGCUGUGGCGUAGCAGCGGCAAUGCUUGCGAGAUCCUUUUCACGCAGAAGUCAGACGCUUCGUCAGCACUAACAUACACGGAUAUGCUGCUAAGUGCUACUCGUCGUGAGGUAGUGGUUGUGUCAUCCGAACAGAACUUCCUUGUUUUUGAUGAAAAUUUGACUCGUCGGACUCAGAUUAUUGGCUUCAACGAUGAUAUUCUCAAUCUCAAGUAUAUUCCAAAGGCUGAUGCGAGCGGUGCACCUUCGGAUGUCUUGGUAGUGGCCACAAACAGUGAGCAGAUCCGUCUUGUGAACCGUAAUACUCUCUCCUGCGAGCUUCUUUCAGGUCAUGCGGAUAUUGUCAUGGCCCUGGAGGUUUCUCCAGACGGUCGGUGGCUUGUAAGUGCCUCCAAGGAUCGAACGGCUUUACUUUGGGACUUGCGACCUACUGGAGGCAAGAAGAUGGGAAAGACUUUGCCGCGUUGUAUUGCAAAAUGUGUGGGUCACACUGAGGCUCUUGGUGCCAUUGCCAUUUCGCAGCGGGUAACCAGCUUUGCCACUGGCGCUGCUUUUUUUGUGACUGGUAGCUCGGACAAGACACUUAAGAUGUGGAGCCUUCAGCCACUUGCUGAAUUGUAUGCUACACCUGCGAAGCCUGCUCCGACAGAACUGACGAUUUCUUCGCUUGGUACUGUCAAGGCCCAUGAUAAGGACGUGAACGCAUUGGCGGUGUCACCGAACGAUCGCUUUAUUGCCAGUGCGUCGCAAGAUAAGCUCAUUAAGGUAUGGCAUUCGCAGCAGGCAGGCGCUGGCCGUCUUUUGACAUUGGCUGGUGUUUGCCGUGGCCACAAACGUGGUGUCUGGGCUGUCGAAUUCUCUCCUGUCGAUCAGUGCCUUGCAUCUGCCAGUGGCGACAAGACGGUGAAGGUGUGGUCUGCCAAGGAUUUUACGUGCCUCAAGACGUUUGAGGGUCACACGGCUUCUGUGCUGAAUGUACAGUUUGCAUGUGCUGGCAUGCAGCUUCUAUCUGCUGGUGCCGAUGGACUUGUAAAACUAUGGACCAUCAAGAGCAACGAGUGCGAGGCCACUUUCGACAACCACGAGGACAAAAUCUGGGCUCUUGCUGUGUCUAAGGACAGCUCUGAGAUGGUCAGCGGUGGUGCAGACUCAACUAUCAAUCUUUGGCGCGAUUUUACGGAAGAGGAGGAUCGUGCGCAGCAGGACGAUCGUGAUGCUAAGCUACUGAAGGAGCAGGAGCUCUUCAACUGCCUUCGCAAAAACAAACUGAUGGAUGCUUUGCAGCUUGCAUUCGAGCUUAAUCAUCCAAACCGUAUGCUGCAAAUUCUUCGCGAUCUGCUUGAAGGCCCCCGACACAAGGAUCAGCCAGUGCUUCCUGGUGACAAGCCUAUUGACCCAGACAACUUUUCUCCUGAGGACAUUUUUGCGCCGGUGGUGCACAGCCUAGAAGAUGAAAAGCUAACGACGCUUAUGGAGUGGUUGCGUGAUUGGAACACAAAUGCUCGCAAUUCGAGUGUCUGCCAAGUGCUAUUGAGCACAAUUUUGCGUGAACUGCCUCCAAGCCGUCUGAAAUCUCUGGAUGGUGUCGCCAAAACAGUGGAAGCACUUAUCGCCUACAGUGAGCGUCACUUCCAGCGCAUUGACCGUAUGCUGCAGCAGUCAUACCUCGUGGACUUUAGUAUUGUGGCAAUGAAGAGCUUGCUGCCGGUUUGUGAAAGCGAGCUGGCUGUUGAAAAGACGGACAGCGACGGUGAAACCGAAGAAGAUAAUGUAAAGCCUCAGCAGCAAUUAUGGAAGCGUGACAAGGAUCCAGGCGCUGGAAAGAUCAAGAAGCAAAGAGUGUGA